GCCUUUAGUCGAGCGCCGCUCUACGCGCCGUGAACAUGUGAGGUCGCGUCGCGAGUCGCGUCGCCGUCUUUGCCUAAUCGCUUAUUUUUCACGUUUUUUUCGGAGCUGCCGGCUCCGAUCCCGCCGGAUAUCGAUCCUCGCACGCGAGAUCUACGCCCCGAUACCUCUCACGGUGAUAGCGAAAUCUGGAACGUCGGUUUAGUUUCGCGCACCAAGUUCCGCGCAUUCCUCGAGUGAUUAAGAGCUUCUGUUGUCCUUCGCCGCUUGUAAACCGUUUCAGCCGUAACACGUUUAAUGUGCCUUUUUAUCGUUGAACUCGUGCACAGCACACUGUUGCGCGAAAAUAUCGGGCCAGUUCGUGCGCGAACUUCUUGCAGAAAAGGAGAAGAUAGAAGACAGGUUCUUGAUUUAUGGUUUCUGUUUUAUUGCCGCUGCGCCGAAUGCAAGUGUACAGAGAAGUGCCGCGAGACAUAGAGAGAUAAUACCGAGGGAACCGAGUGAAUUGUUUCUUUCGAGAACAUUUCGAUUCUUUCAGUCCCGAUUUAUUCGUUCCCGUUGAAUCGUUCUCUCAACUCGUUAAAAGUCUCGCGACGUUUUCCAUCAAGGUUUCAGCAUUUGUUCGUCGAACGAGCUACGCGUAAACUGCGACUUACAAAUUGAUGAACGCGUUAAGAAGCUCCGAUUCAAAGUUCAAGGAAAGAAAUCGAAAGUUACAAAAUGUGAUCAUCCUCGAGCCAUAGAUAGGUACAUUAAAGUCCCGGUUGCUGUUACAGUGGCCGUGUGUAAAAUACGCAACACAGUGGACUAUUUACAAACAGUGAUUAGCCACCGAAUGCUUUGUAUCGCCGCGUCGGUCCGCGGCGAGCCGCCGCGAUGCUCGUGUUAUUAAAAUUAAUAUCGGUUCGAUGCUGUUGACAUACCGAUGCCAGGUGACUCCUCGAUCGGCGUCGAUCUACGUACCCACCAGGUGAUCCGAAGAUGCUAGGGAAUUUCGGCAGCAACCAGAGCAUCCUCGGUUUUCUGUCCAACAAAGAUUCCCAAGAUGUCGAUCUGGAUGCCAUCCUCGGCGAGCUGUGCGCCCUCGAGCGCCGUUGCGACGGCGACAUCGCCGCGACGUCCGCGCCGGAUGCUCAGAGACAGGGUCGCCCUAACAGCACCAGGAUCACUCCCGGCGACAAUACCGACAUCGGCAAAAACGAAGGAGCCAUGCGAACCGAUAGUCCUGACAAUGACAGCGCAUUCUCGGACACGGUCUCGAUGUUGUCCAGCGAGAGCUCCGCGAGUAGCAGCGGCUCCGGACACAAACCACCUCAGACCGCCAUGCACACAGCCCCUCAACAGCAACCCCAUCAACUUAUGGACGCUGCAAGCCGAGUCAAAGCAGAGAAGAUCCGAUUGGCGUUGGAGAAGAUGCGCGAGGCGAGCGUUCAGAAGCUGUUCAUUAAAGCGUUUACGCUGGAUGGCAGCGGGAAAAGUUUACUCGUCGACGAGGGAAUGAGCGUAGCUCAUGUAUGCAGGCUGCUCGCCGACAAGAACCACGUGCCAAUGGAUCCGAAGUGGGCGGUAGUCGAACAUUUGCCCGAUCUUUUCAUGGAACGGGUGUACGAGGAUCACGAGCUGCUUGUGGAAAAUCUCUUGCUGUGGACGAGAGACUCGAAGAACAAACUGCUUUUCGUUGAACGACCAGAUAAAACACAGCUGUUCCUUAACCCGGAAAGAUUCCUCCUCGGCCCUUCUGAUAGGAGCAGCGCGGAAUACGACGACCAUUCGCGCAACAUCCUUCUGGAAGAAUUCUUUUCUAGUAGCAACGUCGGCGUACCAGAGGUCGAGGGCCCGUUGUAUUUGAAAUCGGACAGCAAGAAAGGUUGGAAAAGGUAUCACUUCAUCCUAAGAGCCUCCGGCCUCUAUUACUGGCCGAAGGAGAAGGCUCGGACCGCGCGCGAUUUGGUUUGCCUGGCGACAUUCGACGUUAAUCAGAUCUACUACGGCGUCGGUUGGAAGAAGAAGUAUAAAGCGCCGACGGAUUUCUGCUUCGCAGUGAAGCAUCCCAGGCUGCAGCAGCCGAAAUCGACCAAGUACAUCAAGUUCCUGUGCGCGGAAGACAACGCGUCGUUGGAACGAUGGAUGGUCGGGAUCAGAGUGGCCAAAUACGGCAGACAGCUGAUGGAGAAUUACAGGACCCUGGUCGACGAACUAGCGCAGGAAGAUCUCGACAUGCUCGCGCAUGCCAGAUCGUGUUCGGUCAGCUCGAUCGCCGUGCCGCCACAGAAUCAAACUCAGUACAACACCAGCAACGACAACGCCCGCCAGUUCACGGAAAACUCGAGAAACGGCACGGAGACGGUCAACGCUAGACAGUACGACGCCCAGAGGCAGAGUUACAAUUCCGAGCAACGACAGAGUUACAACAACGACGGGAGACUGAGCAGAGCCAGCAGCUCGAGCUCCAGCGGCUGUUUGUCGGAUGGAGCGCCAAGCAGUUGCGAGGUAGCCUUCGAGUGCGGCGAAUUCCCGACGGGAACGAUCAAACGAAAACCCUCGAUGAACCCGAAACUGCCUCUCACGUCGAUCACGCGGCAGCUGAAGGAAGUUGGCGAAACUGUCCGGGACGAGCCGGACUGUCCGAGUCCUACGAGUUCGGGAUCCGGCACGCUGACCAGAAGACACAGUCGUAGGAGGAGCGGCACCGAUUCCGACGGGUCCGGAACGCUGAAGAGACACCACCGGUCCAGCAACGCGACCCCGGUCAGCCCUGUACCGCCUGGCACACCGGUCAGAGAGAGAGCCAGCCCGAUGGGAUACAACCGAACGGAGAGCCAAGAAUCGAAGACACCUACGAGUCCUAUUCCACCCUCCAUGAUGGAUUCGAUCACUUCGCUUCCACCGCCGCCGUCGCCAUCCAGGGUCGCCGAGGAAACAGAGUCGGAUAACGAACCGCUUCCGCCGCCUCCGCCCGAGAUGUUCCGAUCGAAUCUCUCCCUGGACUCGUUGCCGCCACCUCCGGCGCCCGGCGAGCUCCCAGUCUGCAACACGCCCGAGCUCUCCGGUUCAUCGUUGAGCCUCGCGUCGCUUCCGCCGCCUCCGAGUCCUCUGGUAGGCGAAACGGGCACGAUCCGGCGUGCAAGGCCGAAACAGUCGACGCCCACGAAUUCAGUGACGCCGGAGAGCACGCCGACGCACGCCGCUUCGAGAUCGUCCAGCAACCAGCAGAUGUACGCGAACGCUAUACAGAACAGCGCGAUGCAGAACAACGCUAUGCAGAACAACGUCGCGGUCCAGAACAGCCAGGGUUACGGGAUGAACGCGCAGAAUGCUCUGCACGCGAACAACGCGGCGAACUCGGUUGCCUCGUCGCACAGCUCGUAUCCAGGGUCCAGCGCGAGCACGACGCCGACCUACGGGCCGAGUUCGCCGAACUUCGCCUCGCCUCCGCCGUUCGUUGCUCCGCCGGCUUACGGAUCCCAGCAACAACAACAGCAGCAACAGCAGCAGCAGCAGCAGCACGGCAACUCGCAGAGCCUGACCAGGCAAAACUCGAAAGCCGAGUCGAUAUACGGGACUCAUUCCCUGCCGCACUCGACGGUCCAGCCGAUCAGGCCGAACCCGAACAUGGACACCGUGCGGCGCAGUGCCAUGAAACAAAGCUCGAGUCAUUACGCGGCUCCGCCUUACCUAGCGGAGCUGAAGGCGGCGUCCAGCCCGCAGCCGCAGCGCAGGGUGACCAUUCAGGAGCCGCCGACCUCGCCGAAGUCGAAGACCGGGACCGGCAAGAAGAUCACGUUCAAUCUGCCGCCUCAGCAAGAACCCGGCAGCCCUGCUCUGCCGCAAAGGAAACCGAUGCCGCCGAGGAGAUCGGACAGCACGAGGCUCACGUCUCCUAAGAAGCUCGCCGCGUCGGAUCAAGCUCCGCCCGGCGAUUUCCUGAAGGAUCUCCAGAGGGUGAUGAGGAAGAAGUGGCAGGUGGCGCAGAAAUGUAAACUCGACACGACGACCACCCCGCACGAGGUCCUCGGCUUCCGCGAUCCGCCGCCCGCCGUCGCCGACUAUCGGGAGACGAACGUGUCGAACUGGGUGCAGGAGCACUACGGGGCCGACAACCUUUACGAGAACGUGUACACAACGGAUCCCCAUGCUCCGGUGGAGUACGCCUCGAGCCCGGCCCGGCAGCCGACCGUCAGGUUCGCCGACGAGAAUCGCAGCAUCAACAUCGUGAACGCCAUCGCCAACAAGAGAAGACCGCCGCCGCCGCCGCCGAAAAGGGCGGAGACCACGCAUCUGACCACUACCAGAGCGAUGCACUGACAAUAGCAGAUAAUUCAGCCCCGUCCCGAAAGGCGAUGGUACUGUUGUCUGUGCAGUUGGUGGAAGGACUGAGAAAGGGCGCGGAGGGAAGUUCGCUUUGUUCUGUGAUUCGGUCACCGUUUCUUCGAGGUCCUAGUAAUCGAGUCCGCGCGCGUUCAUCGUCCUUUUCAGUUUGACACCGUUCGAUAACGUUCCGUUGUUCGGGCAACAGGAGGAAAAAGGGGGAUCGACGGCUUCGUGUUCGCAUACGUCGCCCAGAGUUUGCAUGGCAAAUCAGCUUGUCUGUGAAUCCUGUAUCUACCAGCCGCGGCCGUUGUAGGAUAAAUCGAUGUAUAUUUAGGAGUUCGAGGAUGAAAGUCUGAUCGGAUUACUGCCAAUUAAACAAAAAUGGUCGCGAACGCCGCGCCGGGGCUGUGUGCUCGUGCCUCGGCGCCCGGUGUCCUAAUAGAGAAUUUUUUUAGCGAGAGAACUUCGGUGGAACGAGAAAGCGAAAGAGGACCACCGGCGAUCGGAAUUAUAGAUUAUCGAGUCCGAUGUCGAAGCAUCUGUCUUAACCGGCGAUUUAGCAACGGCCAUUCAACUAGAACGUAAGGGGAAACACUGCCGCACAUAUUGAGGAUGUGAUAUAUAAGUCUUAAGCUCCUAAUUUCGUUUCCCGUUCACCGGCGGGUGGGAGAGAGCGUCGGCCUUUGCGAGCGAUCUUCUUCGCGGGAAAUCGUGUAGACCAUUGGGACGCGGUCGGACGCGUGAGCCAAUCGAAUUGAAAGAGACACGCACGAAACCGCCGCGCGCUCGCGCCAUUCUUUUCUGUGCGAAUAUCAAUUCCGGAGUUAAGUAGGCUUUAGCUGUAUCUGCGGUGUCCGCCGACCAAGUUAACGACGGACUUUUCUCGCUUGUUUUCUAUCACAACGGAACAGCUGUGCGCACGAAUAUCUGAUGACGAAAACGUCGAAACUGUUUCACCGAAGACUAUUGUAGCCAGGAUAUUUGGGUCGUUGCAUAUGAAAUAUCGUGUCGGGUUACAACACGUAUUUGUUAAUACGUUCGAAGCUAUCACGUUUGGAAAUAUAGGAUUAUUUAUUUCGACUUUGUGUCACCGUGUGUUCGGGACACUUCAUUGUUUUUUUCUUUCUUUUUUCUUUUUUAUCACAGCGCAGGGGAAGAAAUAUGUUUGAAAAUUAGCUUCGUAGAAGAUUAUAUACGUACUGUCUAAAUGCUGCUUGUUUUAGCUUCUAUUUUAAACGGAAACUAUAUUCUUAACUAUCGUUCGCGUAGUCGUUCUCAAAUAUUAUCUCUGUUCGAAAUUUUAUCCGAUACCUUGUUCAAAGUCAAUUUACGAGGAAAUGAAAGUAUUUUUUUUAAGGUCACGAGAGAACAAGCCGGGAAACAUGGUAAACACCGUAAUGAAAGUCGUUGUCGUCUCGACUUUCGUUCGAAUUAUUUUAUUAUUCUCUGUAAAGCGACAUUUCGUAUGCAUGAGCCUAAUUACUUUGCAACACGCAGGAGAGGCUGUGGCGAGUUGAUACGUUUCUCAGGAUGCACUUUUUGUCACUUUCGUUCGAGUUGACUGUUUAAUAUACCAUGUACCCGGGGGGUGAGCCAUCGAUUUGUUUCACACGACAUUACGUAGAAAUAAAUGAUCAAGAAAGUGAACGAUAAUUCAGAA